UGAGGGUAACUACUUACGGGUUGGAAGGUGGUAGAUGACUACUAUUACCUCCAAAAGAGUGGGUAGUAUCCUCCCUUUCUUUUUACGCCAUCACAACUUCAUCUACGUCCAUACCCAUUCUCUUAGUUAGUUACUACGUACUACCCCUUUAAUGUAUUACAUCUAACCAAAACACGGGGGUAUUUUUUAAUUUAUAUAAAGGGGACAUAUUAGAGGGAGGGAAGCAUCAAUUUUUGUUUCUCGUCUCUCAUAGCAAACAAAACACUUAGCUUCAGUAAAGAUGGAAGUCUCAAACAAACGGCAAAACAAGCUUCAUAUUGCUAUGUUUCCUUGGUUUGCAUAUGGUCAUAUAAACCCAUUCAUCCAGCUUUCUAACAAGCUUUCCACCCAUGACAUCCAAAUCUCUUUCUUCUCAAUACCAGGAAACAUUGACCGUAUCAAAUCCUCCCUUAAUCUCUCGCCUCCCAACCAGCUCGUCCCUCUCACUAUUCCUCCAACUGAAGGACUCCCUCCUAACUUUGACAGCAGCUCCGACAUAACACCUCAAACUGCUGAGCUCCUCCAACUAGCACUUGAUCAAAUGCAGCCCCAAGUCAAAGCUCUAUUACCUCAAUUCCAGCCACAAGUUAUCCUCUUUGAUUUUGCAUAUCACUGGCUUCCUUCAGUAGCUUCUGAACUAGGCAUCAAAGCUGUUCAUUUCAAUACAUUCCCAGCUGCUAUCCAUUCAUAUCUCACUAUCCCUUCAAGAAUGAUUGAUCCAAAUAAACCACCCACACUUGAGGACUUGAAGAGCCCUCCUCAAGGCUACCCCAAAACAUCAACCGCCUCAGUGAAAACCUUCGAAGCUAGAGGCUACCAAUACCUUUUCAAGAGCUUCCAUGUCGGACCGUGCCAUUUCAUAAAGAUAUUGGCCUUCACAAACAGCUGUGAUGCUAUAAUUUAUAGAACCUGCAAUGAAAUAGAAGGUCCAUUCAUAGAUUACUUCAAAACCCAAAUAAAUAAACCAGUGCUUUUAGCUGGCCCAGGUGUUCCUCUACCACCCUCUAGUGAACUGGACGAAAAAUGGGGGAUGUGGUUAGGUAAAUUUCCUGAAAAGUCAGUCAUAUACUGCAGCUUCGGAAGCGAGACAUCCUUGAAUAAUGCACAGAUUCAGGAGGUUGCACUCGGGUUGGAGCUCACUGGUCUGCCCUUUAUAUUGGUCUUGAAUUUCGGAACAAGUAGCAGCAUUGAUGCCCACAAUAAGCUAGAAGCAUCAUUACCAGAAGGAUUUAGAGAGAGAAUCAAGGACAGGGGAGUUCUGCAUACAGGAUGGGUGCAACAGCAGAACAUUUUAGCACAUAGAAGCAUAGGAUGCUUUCUUACUCACGCAGGGUUUAGCUCUGUAAUAGAGGGUAUUGUGAACGACUGUCAAUUAGCAUUUCUACCUCUAAAAGCUGACCAGUUUAUGAUCGCUAAACUAUUUAGUGGGGAUCUGAAAGCAGGGGUGGAGGUACAGCGAAGAGAUGAAGAUGGAUAUUUUGCCAAAGAAGAUAUUUUGGAAGCAAUAAAGACGAUCACAGUGGAUACUGAUAAAGAACCAGGUAGAUCCAUCAGAGAAAAUCAUAGCAAUUGGAGAAAGUUUUUCAUGAAUAAGGAGACUGAAGCUAGAUAUGUUGCAAAUUUAGCUGACGAACUCAAGGCUUUGGUUCAAAAAGCUUAGUGAGAGUUAUGAACGACAAGAACUAUUGAAGAUUCAAGGCACCCCCUUUCUUUUCUUUUCGUUUAUAUAUGGUUGUACUUUUACAAUAAUGAAACGCCAUAGUAUAGGCUUUCUCCAUGUUUGUAAUAAUGUUUAGUGUAGAAUCUUCAGCUUCUAUAUUAAACGCAAAUAAUCUCAGCGUGUUUGAACA